AUGUCGUCCGACUUCUCCACUACAGCAUUUCUGAACGUGCUGCGGAGAUUCUUUGGAAGAAGAGAAGUUCCAAAACCCAUCACAAGUGACAACGCUUCCACAUUCCUACGUGCAACACCAAGACCUGAUUGGAAGAAUUGGAAACAGCUGAAGCUUGCAAAGGAAGGAAUAAACCGACAAGUGGAAGCAGGCAAAGCAGUGAAGAACGACUACGCAUACCUCAAAGAAGACUUCCAUAUCUCACAAGGAAACACACGAGAACUGAUGAUAAUGACAAUUCGCCUUCGCACACGGCGAACAGCGUCAAGGAUCGCUUCGUCAUGUUAUGUACCCGAUACUGUUGUACAAGUAUUACGACCUCCAUUUUGUACACGAUGGAACAAGUACGACAAGCCCACAAGACUUUAA